AUGGCGAAAUUCGAUUUGACAUCACGUAUAGGCCAAUAUCUGGAUCGACAUUUAGUUUUUCCACUUUUGGAAUUCUUAUCUGCCAAACAGAUUUAUGAUGAAGAUGAGUUACUUCAAGCUAAACUCGAUAUUCUUAGCAAGACAAAUAUGAUAGAUUACACAAUUGACAUUAGAAAACAGCUUUAUCCUAAUUUAGAAGUGCCAGAGGAAUUGAAAGCUCGUCGUGCAGACGUACUGCAAGAACUUGGCACUUUACAAAAUAAUGUAUCUGUUGUUGUGGCACUUAUGAAUAAUGAGGAAGUUAUGAAAAAAAUGGAAAAUAUGCGAGAUUCAAAAGCAUUAAACAAUUAUCUUACUCAAGAAUCUGAUUUCAGAGUGGAAAUGAUGGAUAGUUUUGUGAAGUUAGCAAAAUACCGUUAUGAGUGUGGCAAUUAUUCUGUUUCUACAUCAUAUUUAUACUUUUAUAUGCUUAUAAUGCCACCAACAGAUAAGAAUUAUUUAAAUGUACUUUGGGGUAAACUGGCAUCAGAAAUCUUAGUGCAAAAUUGGGAAACUGCAUUAGAAGAUGUAAACAAAUUAAGAGAAUACAUUGAUAGCAAUGUCAUAGGAAAUUCUCUUCAAGUAUUACAACAAAGAACAUGGCUUAUUCAUUGGAGUUUAUUUGUAUUUUUCAAUCAUGCAAAGGGCAGAGAUUUAAUAAUAGAAAUGUUCCUUUACAGACCACAUUAUCUUAAUGCUAUUCAAACAAUGUGUCCUCAUAUAUUGAGAUAUUUAGCGGCUGCUGUCAUCGUUAAUCGUUCUAGGCGGUCUAUAUUAAAAGAUCUUGUAAAAGUAAUACAACAGGAAUCUUAUACGUAUCGGGAUCCCAUUACGGAGUUUCUAGAACAUUUAUAUGUCAAUUUUGAUUUUGAUGGAGCCAGACAAAAACUGCAAGAAUGUCAAACAGUUGUAUUUAAUGACUUUUUCUUGAUUGCAUUACUAAGUGAAUUUGUUGAAAACGCUCGUUUAAUGAUCUUUGAAACAUUUUGUAGAAUACAUCAAUGCAUAAGUAUUGGAAUGCUUGCAGAAAAGCUUAAUAUGAAAGCAGAUGUAGCAGAAUGCUGGAUUGUCAAUCUAAUCCGUAAUGCACGAUUAGAUGCCAAAAUAGACAGUAAAUUGGGACAUGUUGUAAUGGGUGGACAACCUGCUUCACCAUAUCAACAACUAGUUGAAAAAAUUGAAACCUUAAUUGUUCGCAGCGAAGCGUUAGAGAAUUUAAUUGAACGCAAACUGAAAGCUAAAAAUCAAGACCCUUAUCAAACUUCUUGGAAUCUGGACUUGUGACAUUACAACAUGAUGUGCAGAGAUACUAUCAAAAAAGGCACUUAACUCAAGCUGUAAGCAGAACAUCCGAUAUUGAAAUAAUUCAAUUCCAUGUAUGUAAAAAGAAGUCAG